AUGGAUGCGCGAAUACCUCCCGGAUCUUCAAAACCGGCGGGAGCCGCACUAUUAGAGGGUGCAUCUACUCCAGAAUUAACUCCAGAACGGGACCCAUACAGUGAUGAUGGCGAAUAUGGAUCGGAUCAAGAAUUUCAACCUAAUUAUGAUGAUAUGUCGAGCUCAGAUGUGGAGUCUACAGAAACAAGGAAAAUUGCAAGAAAUAUGAUGAGAACAGAGUUCAGCGGAUCUAGUGAUACUCUAGUGUCAGAUGAUGAAGUAGAGGUAAGAAUCCACUCAACUUCAACUGUCCCUGUGAAGCAGCCGUGCACUUCAGAUCAAAUUAUAAACACAACUAACGACGAUAUAGGGGAUGAUAAUGCCAGGGCAAACAGCCCAUCUAUACUAGUGUGCCAUGAACAAUUCGAUGAUGCAUCUGAUGUACACGAAAUAUCGUGUGAAAAUUCUCAAAAUGACACUGACGAGUGGGUGGACGUUACCGCCGAGAUCCCUCUUUUUCAUUUUGAUUAUGCAUCUGAAGGACUCAAAGUAGAAAUACCUGAUAAUGCUCAACCUUUACAUAUUUUCAAAUUAAUAUUUUCUAACGAUCUUUUGGAUUUUGUUAUGUCUAGAACAAAUGCUUACGGAAAUAAUUUGACGAAUACAACCAGACCUCAUACUCGACAUAGUAGAAAAUGUUCUUUCCGCGAUGUAACCAAAGAAGAAAUGUUAGCUUUCUUGGGGCUUUGUUUAUUACAAGGCCAAAUUAAAAUUUCAAAGAGGCGAAAACUCUUCUCAUAUUCCGAUCCUUUGAAUUUCCACCCGAUAUUUUCUUAUGUGAUGUCAUCUAGAAGAUUUGAUCAAAUAUUACGAGCCAUUUAUGUAUCAGAUAUUGAGGCAAAAAGCGAGAAGAAGAUAACUGGUUUUAUUGAAGCUCUAUCUGAGAACUUUCUCCACCCAAGACUUUCGUCGUGUAUAUGGUCCUGGCAAAGAAUUAUCGUUAGA